UUCAAAUUGAAGAUUUUCCCAGCAGUCUGAAAUUGGUAAAGCCGAAAAAAAGAAAGAUAAGGAAUGUUGGAGUAUCUGCCCAACGAAGUGUUGCUGGAGAUCCUGCAUAGGCUACCCGUGAAAUCCCUAAUUCAAUUCAGGUGCGUUUCCAAAUCAUAUAACUCUCUAAUUACAAGUCCUGCCUUCAUCAAAUCCAGUUACACUCGAUCGCCCUCCGAUUCCAACAAAUUAAUUGUUAGGUAUUUGGAUGUCAAAUCCCAUGUAGAGCGCUACAAAUUAAUACACGAAGACAAUGACAAUAAUGACUCCUCCUCAUCUGAACAAAUUCCAGAUCUUGAGUUCCCACUAAGGAGUAGUAGUUGGGACUAUUUUCAAUUAGUCGGUUCCGCGAAUGGAUUGUUUUGCCUUCAUGAAGGAAAACACUUUAUUCUUUGGAAUCCUUGUAUUAGAAAAUUUAUUACCCUUCCCAACCCUUCUUUUAUUGACCUCUUUCCUCGUUAUCUAGCAGUUGGGUUUGAUUUGAGGACCGAUGAUUAUAAGGUGGCGAGAAUUGCUGGAAAUAUUAGGUACGAAGGUGCCAAACCACCUCUGGUUCUGGUUGAGGUUUACUCUGUUAGCGAGGGAUCUUGGAGAGUAACUAAUGGUGGUGACUCAUAUCCGCCUAGGAUUACUAUUAGUAAUUGGCACCCACAAGCAGCUUAUUUAAAUGGAGCUGUUUAUUUUGCGGCGAAUGAUUGGGGCGAUGCCCAGAGUUCAAUAGUUUUGUCAUUUGAUUUGGGUGAUGAGGUUUUCCGCUUGAUAUCCUUGCCAAAUGGUAAAUUUGGAUUGGAUGCUGAUAUUGGUACCUCAGUAUUCAAUGGAUUGCUUUCUCUAAUAUGUUAUGGGAAUCAGCAUCUGAGCAUCGUCAAGAGUUGUUCUGUUUGGGUUAUGAAAGAGGAUGGUGUUGUGGAUUCUUGGACUAAACAGUUCACUAUUGAACUCAAUAUGCUACGUUGGAAAGUGUUAGGUUUCUUGAAGAAUGAUCAUGUAUUAGUGCAGAAAAUAAAAUCACAUGGUUCGAAGCUCUUGUCAUAUGACCCUGAGAGCCAACAAGUGAAGAAUUUAGGGUUUUAUAGAAGCACAUAUUAUUCUUAUGCUGAUAAUUAUGCGAGGAAUCUUACCUUACUCGACAAACCAAAUGAUGUAGUUUCCAAGAGGAAAGUGAGCAAGAAGAGGAAGUGCAGUCAGUUGGAUGCCACAUCUGCCUUCGCUGGUGCUGGGUUAUUGUUUUCUCAGCAAACUCAGCUCUUCGGCAAAAGGAAGUCCUCUCUCUCUCUUUAUUUUCUGAUUCUCUGAUUGUGUAUAAUUUGCUGGCCAUGGCCAGAGUCCCUACUUCUUUGUUCAUGCUUAACAUGCUUGAUAAAUUGCCCCAAUAAUUGUGUGAGUACAUCAAAACCCGUAGGUGCUACUAAGGGUAGGACAGCUAACAUGUAAACUAGUCAAACACAAGUAUACAUUUUUUUUUUUUACUUAUAAAAAAUAAAAAUCUAUUGACAUGAUUGAGAUGUAGUAUGUAUCUUAUAGAUUAUAUUUUUUUGUUUCCUUGAACCAUGUUAGAGAACUGAUACA